AUGGCACUGCACCCGGAAAAGGUUGCAGUCAGUGCAGGAGCCAGUGCUUCCGUGGAGGCGCACGCAUCUCUAAGGGAUGGUAAGGCGCGAAGGAAGGUUGUUGAAAAUCAGCGCCACACCUUUCCUCUGAGACGGCAUACCAGGCACGCUGUCAUCCUCCUCCGAGCAACGGCAGUGGUAACUGGGGCUGACAACAUGGCAGGCCUGGAUAUUUAUUUGAAGAACCCGGCAUCGAAGCAGGAGAAUGCUCAUAGGAGGCGGUCCAAAGCAGCUGAUGAUGCAGUUUGGAAAGUGGUGAGCCUACACAAGGAAGCCGUCGAAUUGCGCCGGUCUCUGGAUGACAAGAGACAAGAGCGGAGCAGAAUUGGGUACCAGUUUGGGCAUGAUUUAUCCACACUUGACAAAUCAAUAAAAUAUGCGAAGACUCUCAAAGACGUGAUUCAUUCGCUCGAGGCCCGUGUCGCCGCUAUUGACGCGGAACUCUUCGCCACCGCCAAUUCGUUGCCAAAUGACACACAUCCGUCGACGCCUAUUGGCCCAGAAUCACAGUCCCUCAUCAUUUCCGCGCAUGGACCACCCCCCAUGGAUCCUUCCACCAGUCGAGAUCAUAUGCGCAUUGCGUGCGCAUUUGACUGGGUUGAUUUUGAGUCCGGCGCUUCGGUCACUGGUUCAUCGUGGUAUUACCUUCGUAAUGAGUGCGCGUUGCUCGAACUAGCCCUUAUAAACUACGCAAUAUCUGUUGCUGUCCGGGCCGGGUUCUCACCCGUCACUGUACCCGAUGUUGUCAAGAGUGACAUUGCAGAUCGCUGCGGAUUUCAUCCACGGGACCAGGAUGGCGUGUCGCAGAAUUAUCACUUGGGACAACAAGGAAGCGAACCACCUCUGGUCUUGUCAGGGACAGCAGAAAUUCCCCUUGCUGGGAUGUUUGCUCAGCGUAUUUUCAAGGAAAAAGAACUUCCUCUCAGGAUUGUGGGAUUGGGACAUGCCUUCCGAGCUGAGGCUGGGGCCAGAGGUGCAGAUACGAGGGGCUUGUACCGUGUUCACCAAUUCACUAAAGUCGAGUUAUUUGCCGUGACGCGGGAGGAGGAGAGUGAAGACAUGAUGAAUGAGAUGAUAAAUGUACAACGGCGGAUAUUCGAAGGUCUCAACCUUCCGUUUAGGGUACUAGAAAUGCCCUCGGAGGAGCUGGGAUCAAGCGCAUACCGGAAGUGUGAUAUGGAAGCCUGGAUGCCUGGCCGUGGCUCAUGGGGCGAGAUCUCUUCGACGUCAAAUUGUACCGACUAUCAAGCCCGCAGAUUACAUAUACUACACAAGCCUGCUAAGCCUAAUGAUUCUCCACCGUCUCCACUGCCCUUUGCCCACACUCUCAAUGGGACAGCAGCUGCCAUUCCUCGCUUGAUUAUUGCAUUGCUAGAAAAUAACGUGCGAUUUGGGUCGCACGGUGAAAUUGUCGGCGUUGAUCUUCCCCGGUGUCUUUUGCCUUUCUGGAUUGGAGAUGUUGGAGAUCGGGUAGACUUUGUUUGA